AUGAAGCGCAAGAUUGGAGCGCUGGAAAAGGUGGACGCCGAUCUGCCGAAUCUACAACACAAAAUCAAAAAUGACCCCUCCUCCUACCGCGACGACUUCAUCUCGCAGUGGACGCAAUACGAAUCCCUCGUGCAACUCUUCCGCCAAUCGCCCACGACGACCGACGACACGGGCGUCGUGCGCCUCCGCGACCUCAUCGACUUUCUCGCCCACGUUUCCGACUGUUAUCCCGCAUUAACGAAGGACUUCCCGACGGAUUUGAUUGGAUUGCUGGAGGAGCAUCAUUCCCACUUGAACACCGACCUGCGCGACAAGAUUGUUGGCAGUCUGGUGUUACUGCGGAAGAAGGAGGUCAUCGACUCCAACACCCUCCUCAACACCCUCUGGCCGCUGUUGAUUGCCACGGGAAGCCAGGCGUUGAGGAAAUUAUUGUUCCAGAAGAUUGUGUCGGAACUGCGCACCAGCAACAGCAAGACCAAGAACCACAAGUUGAACCGCAACAUCCAGACUAUUUGCUACAAUCUCAUCGCCACCGAUCCCGCCUCCCCGAAAGGAUUGUGGUCGGUCAAGUUGACGCGCGAAUUGUGGAAGCGACAGAUUUGGAGCGAUGCCAAAGCCGUCAGCGUCAUGGAGAUUGCGGCCCUCGCCCAGGACGCCAAGGUCGUCACCGCCGCCGUGCGCUUCUUCCUCGGCGCCGAUCAGGAGCGAGAAGAAGCGGCGGAUGAUGACAGCGACGAGGAGCAGAUUGACAUGGGAAAGCUGCGACAUCAACAGGGCAUCAACAAAAAGACGCAGAAACGAGACAAUGAAAUCCGUGCCGCCGCCGCCAAGGUAAAGCGGAGGGAGCGGAAGAAGAAUGCCCACACCACCCUCAACUUCAGCGCCCUGCAUUUGUUGAAUGAUCCCCAAGGGUUCGCCGAGAAACUCUUCCAACAACACCUCCAACCCUCCCAUCCCAAGGUCAAACUCGUAUUGGAGCAGAAAUUGUACGUCUUGCAAUUGGUCUGCCGUCUGGUGGGACUGCACAAACUCACCCUCAUUCCCCUCUACUCCUACUUUAUCAAAUACCUCACCCCGAAACAACCCUCCGUCACAAACUUCCUCGCCUCUCUCGCCCAAUCCACACACAAUCUCGUCCCACCCGAUGUGUUGGAGCCGUUGGUGCAGAAGAUUGCCAAUGAAUUCGUCUCCGAAGCCGCCGCCAGUGAGGUCGCAUCCGCGGGAUUGAACGGUAUCCGAGAGGUGUGUGUGCGACAACCAUUGGCCAUGUCCGACACCCUCCUCCAAGAUCUCGUCCAAUACCGCAAGUCAAAGGACAAGGGCGUGCAAAUGGCUGCCCGAGGCCUGCUCUCCCUCUAUYAGAAAGUGGCACCGACUCUCCUACGCCGACGUGAUCGUGGAAGAGAUGCGGCAAUGGGCCUCCAAGCCGGUCAAUCUUUCGGGACAAAGUUUGGCGAAGUCGAUGGAGGUGGGAUUGAAGGUAUUGAGUUGUUGGAGAAGUGGAGAGAGGAGCAAGGAAUUGGCAGUGAUGAUGAUGAAGAAGCGUGGAGGAAGUGGGAGGCCGAGAGUGAUGACAGUGAAAGUAGCGGAGGGUGGGUGAAUGUGGAAAGCGAUGGCGAGGAAAUCAACGUCUCCGACUCGGAAGAUGAAAAGGAGCCGAGUGCGAAAAAAUCAAAAUUCAGCAAUGAUGAAGACGACACGGAGGAUGCAGCGAGAAGGACUGCUUCCUUGGAACCAGCAGCUGCUCUGGCUCGGGAGGAAGCCCGCGUUUCCAACCUCGCCACCACCCGCAUCCUCACUCCCGCCGAUCUCGCCAAGCUCAACGAACUCCGCGCUCUGGAUAAAUUAGACAAGAGCCAACCCUCGGCCAAACGCCGCAAAAUGGAACUCCAACGCAUCGCAGCCGCAGCAGCCCGCCAUGCUGACGACGAAGUCACCAAAGCCAACAUUGAAGGUCUCGCCAAAAUGGGCCAUAAAAUGACGCGCGAGGAGAAGAUCCGACAUGCGAAAGAGGAAGGCGAGGAUGCGAAUGAUCAUCGCUCUUCCGCUGCGAGGAGGCAGGAGAAGAAGCGGAGUGAGGGCAAGAGUACGACGAACAAGGAGAAAGCGCGGAAGAAGAAUUUCUUGAUGACGUUGGGUAAGGCGAAGAGGAAGGGUAAGAGGAGUUUGGUGGAGGAGAAGAGGGUGCUUAAGGCGCAUGUUGAUCGGGGGAAGAGGGGUGGUAAGAGAGGGAAUGCGGGGAAUUAA